UCCACUCCACUGUUUAUUGCUCCACCAGUGCAGGGAGCAGACGGACAUAUAUGAGCGCGCAGAGAUAAACUAUAUUUGGAUGUAUGAAUAUAUGGAUGUGGUCGCUGCGCUAGGAUUAUGCCAUAUUUGUACAUUCAAGAGGUCUAGAAGGUCCACAGUCCUGCGGCCAUCCAGUCUGCCACCUUCACCUUUGAAGAGGGUGCCAAUGCCAACAUAUUAGAAAGGAUUAACCAGAAUUUGCCACCUCACAUAAAGAGGUGAGAACAUCCCAUUGCCAUGGGGAACCAGCUGACCGAGAUAGCCCCCAACACCCCUUUCCUGCAAAACUUCCAGUCCUUACAUGUUGUGGUGAUUGGCCUGGAUGCGGCUGGCAAAACCUCUCUGCUCUACAGACUGAAACUCAAGGAGUUUGUCAAGACCAUCCCGACCAAGGGCUUUAACACGGAGAAGAUCAAGGUAGCGGUGGGCAGCCCGCGGGCCAUCACCUUCCAGGUCUGGGACGUAGGGGGCCAGGAGAAGCUACGGCCCCUCUGGAAGUCGUACACGAGGCGGACCGAUGGCAUGGUGUUCGUGGUGGACUCCACCGAGACCGAACGUAUGGAGGAGGCCAAGGUGGAGCUUCACAAGAUCACCCGUACCUCGGAGAACCAGGGGGUGCCCGUCCUGGUGCUGGCCAACAAGCAGGACCUGGCCUCGGCUCUGUCUGUGAAUGAGGUGGAGAAGGCCCUGGCUGUCCAUGAACUGAAUGCCUCCACACUGCACCAUGUACAGAGCUGCAGCGCCGUGGAUGGACAGGGCUUACAACCAGGCCUAGAGAAACUCUACGAGAUGAUCCUGAUGAGGAAGAAGAUGGUGAAACACAACAAACAUAGAAAGAGAUAAGCCUUUGGUUGUCCUGAGUUACAGGGAUAUUUAUGUACUGACUAUGUGACUCUUUGAGCAGAAGUCCCGCCCCUUUAAAUAAAAAGGAGGGCUUUUUGGCCAACAAAGAUGGCCCAGGGGACAGGAGAAAUGGAUUUGACCUUUAUGUGACAUGCAGUAUUGAUACACUGUGUCUUUCAUACCUUGUAUUAGCCACGCAGCUGCCAUUUGGAUGCAAGAAAUAUGUAAUAGCCACAACAGGAUGUAGCUGCCUAUGACAUAUUUUAUCACACAAAGUUAGACUUACUUGUUUGCACCACAACACAUUAUGAAUAUGAUACUGAACUUUGAACUCUGUACUCUGGAUUUACAUGACACAUUUACAUGAUAUGAAGCUAAAUGGUAUAGAUAUCAAAUGGGACACUAAGGCUAUUACAGUAUUAUUAUUAUUAUUAUUAUUAUUAUUAUUAUUAUUAUUAUUAUUAUUAAUUAUUUUUUAUUCCAAGUGCAUUGCACUUAUGCCACAGAGGUUAAGUUUCAGUUGGAUUCACACUGUUUUCAGAAGUUGUAAACUGUUUGUAACACUGAUUAAUCAAUAAAUCAGCACACUGUGUUAAAUAUAUGUUGAUAUCUAUUGAGACAAUAUCAUAGUGUAAAGCUAACACAGCAUGCAUGUUAAUGGGGCUUGGGACUAAAUGCAUUUAGCUGUAUGUUGUUAAAGGAUGGCAAAAGGAAGCCAUCUUCAAAUCAAAUUGUAUUCGUCAAAUGCUUUGUAAACAACAGAUGAUGACUAACAGUGAAAUGCUUACUUACAAGGCAGAGAGAAAAUAAAUAAAUAAUAGCAAAGUAAUAAUACGUGAUAAUGAAAGUAAUAAUAGAUAUACAAUGAGUAACAAUAACUUGGUUAUCUACAAGGGGUACCAGUGUCGAGUUGAUGUGCAGGCGUAGAAGGUAUUUGAGGUAGAUGUGCACAUAUAACAGUAGCAGCAGCGUAUGUGAUGAGUCAAAAAAAGAUAGUGCAAAAAGGCUCAAUUCACAUAGUCCAGGUAGCUAUUUGGUUAACUAUUUAACUACAUACAGUACCAGUCAAAAGUUUGGAGAAAACCUACUCAUUCAAUUGUGUUUCUUUAUUUGGACUAUUUUCUACAGAAUAAUAGUGAAGACAUCAAACCUAUGAAAUAACACAUAUGGAAUCAUGUAUUAACCAAAAAAGUGUUAAACAAACAAUAUAUAUUUUAGAUAUUAGAUUCUUCAAAGUAGCCACCCAUUGCCUUGAUGACAGCUUUGCACACUCUUAGCAUUCUUUCAACCAGCUUCACCUGGAAUGCUUUUCCAACAGUCUUAAAGGAGUUCCCACAUAUGCUGAGCACUUGUUGGAUCUUUUCCUUCACUCUGCAGUCCAACUCAUCCCAAACCAUCUCAAUUGAGUUGAGGUCGGGUGAUUGUGGAGGACAGGUCAAAUGAUGCAGCCCUCCAUCACUCUCCUAUUGGUCAAAUAGCCCUUACACACCCUGGAGGUGAGCUUUGUGUUAUUGUCCUGUUGAAAAACAAUUGAUAGUACCACUAAGCACAAACCAGAUGGGAUAGCAUAUCACUGCAGAAUGCUGUUGUAGCCUUGCUGGUUAAGUGUGCCUUGAAUUCUAAAUAAAUCACUGACAGUGUCACCAGCAAAGAGCCCCCACACCAUCACACCUCCUCCUCUAUGCUUCACGUUGGAACUACACAUGCGGAGAACAUCUGUUCAUCUACUCUGUCUCACAAAGACUCGGCGGUUGGAACCAAAAAUCUCAAAUUCGGACUCAUCAGACCAAAGGACAGAUGUCCACCAGUCUAAUGUCCAUUGCUCAUGAUUCUUGGCUCAAGCGAGUCUAUUCUUAUUAUUGGUGCUCUUUAGUAGUAGUUUCUUUGCAGAAAUUUGACCAUGAAGGCCUGAUUCACGCAGUCUCAUCUGAACAGUUGAUGUUGAGAUGUGUCUAUUACUUGAACUCUGUGAAGAAUUUAUUUGGGCUGCAAUCUGAGAUGCCGUUAACUCUAAAUUAAUCUAUCCUCUGCAGCAGAGGUAACUCUGGGUCUUCCUUUCCUGUGGCGGUCCUCAUGAGAGCCAGUUUCAUCAUAGCGCUUGAUGGUUUUUCAAAUUCUUGACAUUUUACGGAUUGACUGACCUUCAUGUCUUAACGUAAUGAAGUAACGUGCCCUCUAUUUUCUUAUAUGAGCUGUUCUUGCUGUAAUAUGGACUUGGUCUUUUACCGAAUAGGGCUAUCUUCUGUAUUCCAACCGUACCUUGUCACAACACAACUGAUUGGCUCAAACGAAUUAAGAAGGAAAGAAAUUCCACCAAUUAACUUUUGACAAGGCACACCUGUUAAUUGAAAAACAUUCCAGGUGAAUACCUCAUGAAGCUGGUUGAGAGAAUGCCAACAGUGUACAAAGGCAAAUUGAAGAAUCUCAAAUAUAAAAUAUAUUUUGAUUUGUGUAACACUUUUUUGGUUACUAGAUGAUUCCAUAUGUGUUAUUACAUCGUUUUGAUGUCUUCACUAUUGUUCUAUAAUGUAGAAAAUAGUAAACAUAUAGAAAAAUAUAGAAAACCCCUGUAAUGAGUAGGUGUGUCCAAACUUUUGACUGGUAUGUAAGUAUGUAGCACUCUUAUGGCUUGGGGAUAAAAGCUGUUCAUGGUCCUGUUGGUUCCAGACUUGGUUCAUCUGUACCGCAUGCUGUGCGGUCUAUGGCUAUGGCUAACAGUCUAUGGCUGGAGUCUUUGACCAUUUUUAGGGCUUCCUCCGACACUGCCUGGUAUAGAGGUCCUGGAUGGCAGAGCGCUCGGCCCUACUGAUGUGCUGGGCUGUAAGCACUACACUCUUUAGCGCCUUGCUGUCGGAUGCGAAGCAGUUGCCAUACCAGGCGAUGAUGCAGCCAGUCAAGAUGCUUUCAAUGGUGCAGCAGUAGAUAUUUUUGAGGACCCAUGCCAAAUAUUUUCAACCUCCUGAGGGGGAAGAGGCGUUGUCGAGCCCGCUUCACAACUGUGUUGGUGUGUUUGGACCAUGACAGAUCCUUAGUGAUGUGACACAAAGGAACACAAAGCUCCACUACAGCCCUGUAGAUGUAAAUGGGUGUGGGUGUGCUCUGCCCUCCCUUUCCUGUAGUCCACCAUCAGCUCCUUUGUCUUGCUUAAGUUGAGGGAGGUGUCUGACCUGCUCCCUAUAGGCUGUUUCAUCAUCGUCGGUGAUCAGGCCUACCACCGUCGUGUGGUCAACAAACUUAAUUAUGGUGUUGGAGUCGUGUACAGCCAUGCAGUCGUGGGUGAACAGGGGGUACAGGAGGGGACUAACUACACACCCCUGAGGGGCCCCCGUGUUGAGGGCCAGCGUGGCGGAUGCAUUGUUGCCCACCCUCACCACCUGGAGGUGUUCCGUCAGGAAAUCCAGGAUCACGUUGCAGAGGGAGGUGUUCAGUCCUAAGCUUAGUGAUGAACUUGGAGGGCACUGGUGUUGAACGCUUUGCUGUUGUCGAUGAAAAGCGUUCUUACGUAGGUGUUCCUUUUGUCCAAAUGGGAAAGAGCAGUGUGGAAUGCAAUAGAGAUUUUGUCAUCUGUGGAUCUGUUUGGGCGGUAUGUGAAUUGGAGUUGUGUCUGGGAUAAUUGUUUCUGGGAUGAUGGUGUUGAUGUGAGCCAUGACCAGCCUUUCAAAGCCUUUCAUGGAAAAUGAUGUGAGUGCGAUAGUCAUUCAGAAAUGUUACCUUGGCGUUCUUGGACACAGGGACUAUGGUUGUCUGCUUGAAAUAUGUAGGUAAUACAGAUUGGGUCAGGGAGUGGUUAAAAAUGAAAUGUCAGUGAAGACACUGCCAACUGGUCAGUGCAUGCUCUGAGUACGCCUCCUGGUAAUCCGUCUGUUGAAGGUUAACCUGUUUAAAGGUCUUGGUCAUAUCGGCUCCGGAGAGCGUGAUUGCACGUCUGGAACAACUUGUGCUCUCACGCAUGGUUCAGUGUCACUUGCCUCGAAGAGAGCAUAGAAGACAUUUAGUUAUCUUCAUUUGAUCACGCAUUAGGAAAUGCAAAUUGUAGUGUUUUUGAGGUGUAGAAUGCUUUGGAAGUUUGUAAUUGCCACAUUUAUUGUCAGACUGGAUUUAUCCUACCUGAAAAUGUUCUGACCUUAGUUCCUUUGUUAUGUCUUUGUUUUAGUUUGGUCAGGGCGUGAGUUGUGGUGGGUAGUCUAUGUUCUUUUUUCUAUGUUGUGUUUAUGUAUUUGGCCUAGUAUGGUUCUCAAUCAGAGGCAGGUGUCGUUCGUUGUCUCUGAUUGAGAAUCAUACUUAGGUAGCCUUUUCCCACCUGUGUUUUGUGGGUGAUUAUUUUCUGUUGAGUGUUUUCAGCACCUUACAGGACUGUUUCGUUUUUUUUUGUUUAUUCACGUUGUUAUUUUGCAUUUCAGUGUUCAGUAAAUAAAACAU